AGUAUUUAAUCUUGACAUCUUGAAUCAUCUUUGAGCGACUGGGUCGCGCGGUGGAUUGUGGGUAGGACGUCGCCAUAUUCCGUUUUAUUAAGUCUUUCUGCCCCGGUUGAAGGAGAGAUUCUAGAGCCAUGAGGGGAAUCCGGUCUCUGGGCAAUCUCCCAAAUCGAUGCUAUGCUGCUGCCGCCGCCAGGAGGAGUGAAGCUCUUUCUGAACCCCUGACAGCUCGAACACCGUCCCCAGCUGCAGCCCUUCCUCCUCAAAAUGUUCAGGUAUCCAAGCUCCCCAACGGCCUUGUGAUAGCAUCACUGGAGAAUUAUUCCCCAUUGUCCAGUGUCGGUUUGUUUGUGAAAGCUGGAAGUCGCUAUGAGAGUUUGGAAAACCAGGGUGUCUCUCAUGUGCUCCGACUGGCAGCAAACCUGACAACUAAAGGUGCAUCUGCAUUCAAGAUCUGUCGUGGAUUGGAAGCAGUAGGAGGUGGCCUGAGUGUGACAUCAUCAAGAGAGGCUAUGGUUUAUACCGCAAACGGUCUGAGAGAACACCUAGAUUCAUUAUUGGAGUUUCUGACCAACGUGACCACAGCUCAAGAGUUUCGGCCAUGGGAGGUGGAAGAAUUGACGUCCAGGGUGAAGGUUGACAAGGCUGUGGCUCAGCAGAGUCCCCAGAUAGGUGUGAUUGAGAAGUUGCAUGAAGCAGCAUACAAAACUGGCCUGUCAAACUCCCUGUACUGCCCUGACUACAUGGUUGGUCACGUUUCCCCUGAACAGCUGCUGUCAUUUGUUAAGGACAACUUCACCACUGGCAGAAUGGCUCUUGUAGGACUUGGUGUGCAGCACUCUGUCCUGAGGCAGGUGGGUGAGGGCCUGAGUUUCCGCAGUGGAGCGGGAGCAUCUGAGGUUAAAUCAGUGUACCGUGGAGGUGAGCUGCGUGUGCAGAACAAUGAUGACCUGGUCCACGCAUUGAUUGCCAGUGAAGGUGGUGUGACCGGUACUGCAGAGGCUGAUGCAUUUAGUGUGCUGCAAAGGAUCCUGGGUGCUGGGCCACAUGUAAAGAGGGGCUCCAACAUUACCAGCAAACUCUUCCAGGGCAUUGCCAAGGCUAGCUCCCAGCCAUUUGAUGCCACAGCUUUCAAUGCCUCUUACUCUGACUCUGGCCUGUUUGGCAUUUAUACCAUUUCACAAGCGGACUCUGCCGGAGAGGUGAUCAAAGCUGCCAUUUCCCAGGUUAGAGGCGUAGCAGAGGGAAAUGUGUCAGAGGCUGAUCUCACCAGAGCAAAGAACCAGGCAAAAGUUGAUUACCUGAUGUCAAUUGAGGGCUCUGAGAGCCUGAUGGAGGAAAUCGGUGCUCAGGCUCUGAACACUGCAGCGUACCAGCCCCCUGACGCUGUUCUUCAGGCUAUAGAUGCCGUCACUCAAAAUGACGUGGUUAAGGCUGCGAAAAAAUUUGUUAAUGGCAAGAAAACCAUGGCAGCAAGUGGACACCUUGCUAACACACCAUUUGUGGAUGAAAUAUGAACAUAAUGGCAACUAUUUUCCUUUACUCGGGUACGAGUGCCUGAGUGCUGCAGAAGAAAAGGGCGUCCUGCACCAAUUAAUGUCUGCGUUCAUUUGCAGGGAUCAAGAGAAUAAUGUUGCAACUGUUGUGGGGGAUCUUUGUCCAUUUAACUGUAUCUAUAUAAAUUAAAGUGGUAGCAACAUCAAA